ACCUGGGAUAAUUCCAACAAACCCAGAAAUAGACAGAAAAUUUGAGACUAGUUUGGUUUUGUUUCCAGUGGAGAUGACAGAAAGUAAAGAUAUAGAAGAUCAAUAGCUCAUCCGGCAAAGCAUUGUCCAGGAUCUGAAAGGAGAUUUUCUGAGAGAAUCAUUGUUUUAAGCGCUGUUGUUUUGGAGGUUUGCCAUUUGGUGUCAUGCAUAGACAGAAUGUUCUUCAUAGCAAGGCCGAGGCCUCAUUUAACUUUGGAUCAAAACCGAUCUUAAAAAAUCCAUAUGAAAUUCCCGUCUCAUUUCCUGAGAGAACACAUGUUAGAUUAUGCCCUGGCAUCAGACUUACAGGUUGGGAAGUUUCAAAGUUUAGCCAUGGCUUUCGUGCUAUAAAGAAGAUCAGAGUGGCUGAUGAAAGUCAAGGAGAUUUGUCUGAUGAAGAUGAUGAUCUGUGUCCAGUUGAAUGUGUUAGAGAAUUUUAUACUGAUGAGGAAUUCUUCAAAAUUCUUGAUGCGGCCAAAGAAAGCCAUUCUUUAGUUGUUGUAGAUUUUUAUCGAACUUCGUGUGGAAGCUGCAAGUACAUAGAGCAAGGAUUUUCAAAGUUAUGCAAGAGAGCUGGUGAAGGAGAAGCUGAAGUAAUCUUCUUAAAGCACAAUGUAAUUGAUGAGUAUGAUGAACAGUCCGAGGUUGCAGACCGACUUAGAAUUAAGACGGUGCCCCUCUUCCAUUUCUAUAAAGACGGUGUUCUCUUGGAAGCAUUCCCAACCAGAGACAAGGAGAGGAUCACUGCAGCAAUUCGUAAAUACACAUCUCCUGCAACAUCUCAAUUGCUUUGAGCUAAUAAGGUUUUGCCUACAGACUUCAAUCUGUAAAUUUAUAGUGAUCGAUCCGUAGAAAUAUAUGAUGAUUGAUGUGUGCUUUGGACCAGUUUGUAUAAUAUAGUUCUUUGUGCAAUCUGUACGAUGUAAUUGACGAGUGCUGGUUGUAAUGUGCUCUCUAUUACAUUUG